CGCUUGCGUUCGGUGCGCGUCUCCGCGCGUUUACAGACACACACACACACGCACACACACACACACACACGCACACACGCACCCCACCACUACCAUCAUCAUGAUCACACGCGUGCGAUCCGCUGUCUCCAGCAUCAUCGGCGGCAUCAUGGCCUCGGAUCCCACCAGGGAGCAGAAUCACCCGGACCGACCGGAUCCGCCGCUCCGGUUCUCGUACAGCAGGCCGGAUUUCCUCGCGCUGUCCCCGGAUGAGGUCGAGUGCUCGGCGGAUCACAUCUCGAGACCCAUCCUCAUCCUCAAGGAGAUGAAGCUGCCCUGGAGCACCGGAUACGCCGAAGUGAUCAAUGCCGGUAAAAGUGCCCUAAAUGAGGACCAGGCGUGCUGUGAGGUGGUGGAGCUCAGGAAGAGACCCGCAGACCCGUCUAGCCCCAAUUACACUCCCACCAGCAGGAGGCGCUCCUCACUGCCCAACGGAGAUAUUCUGGAAACCAUCGAGAGCACCGAGGUAAAGGAGCUGGACUUCCACUACUGGGGCCUGUUUGACGGUCACGGCGGUUCCGGCGCCGCCAUCUUUGCGUCCAAGUUUCUCCACCUCCAUAUCGAGGAGCAGCUCCAGGAAGUGUUGGAGAUCCUCCAGAAACCGUCCAAGCAGCCGCCCACUUGUCUGGGGGAGGAGAACAUCGUGCACCACCUCCACCCGUCUGCCGGCUGCUCCCAGCGAGGGCUGUCCCGGGCCGCGUCUCUCCGCGGCGCUGUAGGGGCCCCGGGGUCGCCCAAUACCUCAGCCCCUCGAUUCUUCAUGGAGAAGAAAAUCAAACAGGAGAGUUUGGUGGUGGGAGCCAUUGAGAACUCCUUCAAGGAAAUGGAUGCUUAUAUAGCCAGAGAGAGAUUGGUGUAUUGUAUCUCAGGUGGAUGUACAGCUCUUGUGGUGAUGUAUUUACUGGGUAAACUGUACGUGGCCAACGCUGGUGACAGCAGGGCCGUCAUCAUCCGAGCCGGAGAGAUCAUUCCCAUGUCCAGCUCAUUCACUCCAGAAUCAGAGCGUCAGAGACUUCAGUUCCUGGCUCACCUGCAGCCUUCCCUGUUAGGAAAUGAAUUCACACACUUGGAGUUUCCUAGAAGAGUCACAAAGAAAGAGGUCGGGAAGAGAAUGCUGUACCGGGACUUUACUAUGAGCGGAUGGGCCUAUAAAACCAUUCAGGAGGAAGAUCUGAAGUUUCCCCUCAUAUAUGGAGAAGGGAAAAGGGCGCGUGUGCUGGCAACCAUCGGUAUUACGCGUGGACUCGGCGAUCACGACCUGAAGGUUCACGACUCUGAGAUCUCCAUCAAACCGUUCCUCUCCUGUUCUCCAGAGGUGAAGAUUUACGACCUCUCUCAGUACGAACACGGAGCUGAUGAUGUCAUGAUUCUGGCUACAGAUGGACUGUGGGAUGUGCUGUCCAAUCAGGAAGUGGCAGAGGCAGUCUCUGGUUUCCUUGGAAACUGUGACCCUGAUGACCAACACAGGUACACUAUGGCGGCCCAAGACCUGGUCAUGAAGGCCAGAGGAGUCCUGAGAGAUCGAGGCUGGAGAAUCGCUGGAGACAAGCUCAGCUCCGGAGACGACGUUUCAGUCUUCAUAAUUCCUCUAAUGCACGGCAGUAAGCAACCCCAACCAAGCUGACCAAUCAGGAGGAGGGAUGCCAAACGAACACGGCCAAAUUAGUUUAGUACCCAAUUCUUAGAUGGUCCUACUGUGGCCUGCUGGAUUUGAAGGACGCCGCUGUGUGUUUGAUCUCAUCUAGAGUACAUUUCGGACUGCUUGCUUUCAAGACUCACUAAUAAGUCGAAGACUACUUUGAAGACCCUCGCCAACGUCCCCGACCUCUUUGGACUCAUGGAUCGUAUGCAAGUUAUAAGUUUGCACAGUGAAUAAAUGAAGAGUCAUUUGGUUCUUUGAAGUUCUCAGAGCACAGAUGAAACCCUCCACAGUUUGUUUAUCUGCUGCUCGAUGGAACCGAUGACGCUGUUUUCCUUUCAGGAUAUUCAUUUAUCCUCGGAAUGUUUAUUUUGCGGUUUUUGGUUUUUCCCUCCAAAAUCAAAGCGAUUCUGGCUGUAGUUUGUAUAUCCUGUUUCCUCAAAUGAUUCUUAAUUACUGUAUAUGGAAAAACAUACUUGAGAAAUUGCCGAAUGCAUACCAGGAUUAUCAAAGUUUUGAAAAUGUCACUUUUUUUAAACUUUGUUUUGUAAGUUGAUUUUAUAUUUCAGUUUGUUUUAACGAUCGUUGUCAAUUUUAAUGCAUUUUAUAGCUAGUUUCGUUCUUUGCGAACCACCAUUUUGUUUGGUUCGUUUAAUCAAUAUUUAAUAUCAAUAUUUGUUCACUGCUUGUUUACGUCUUUGUAGUUUAGCGACAACUUUGUUUCACGUCUAAGGCCACGCCCACAGUGAAACGUUUACAUUAGAACGGUGUUUUUUAUAAACGCUCUCCAUUACCACAAACUUUUCUGUUUCCUGACGUCAUCGUGUUACGGAGAGCAUUUUUAAAAAUACUUUGUUUUCGGUGGAGCGAAAUGGCGUACUCACGUGGAUGAGAGUCGUAAACGGAGCGAAAUUAUUUCGUUUUUAGAUAAAAGCAUACAAGUGUGGAUGUAGCCUUAGGACAUCCAGAAACCUUAUGCCAAGUUCCACUGUGGAUGAGAGGCGCAAACGUAGCAAAAUCGCUGCGUUUUCAAACGAAAACGUAUCAGGCGGUGUCCAAAUAUGACCGAAAGAACUAGGUCGCGGGUACAAGCGGCCGAAAUGGGGUUCCUCAGAAGGGUGGCGGGCUUCUCCCUUAGCGAUGAGGAGCUCAGUCAUCCGUGAGGAGCUCGGAGUAGAGCCGCUGCUCCUUUGCAUCGAAAGGAGUCAGUUGAGAUGGUUUGGGCAUCUGGUAAGGAUGCCCCCUGGCCGCCUCCCUAGGGAGGUGUUUCAGGCACGUCCAGCUGGGAGGAGGCCUCGGGGAAGACCCAGGAUUAGGUGGAGAGAUUACAUCUCCACACUGGCCUGGGAACGCCUCGGGGUCCCCCAGUCAGAGCUGGUUAAUGUGGCUCGGGAUAGGGAGAUUUGGCGCCCCCUGCUGGAGCAGAUUAGUUAAUGCACUAUGAACUAACAAUGCACAAUUGUGUUUUUAUUAACUAACAUUAACAAUGAUUAAUAAAUAUAUUGUUAAUUGUUUAUUCAUGAUAUCUAAUGCAUUAAUUAAUGAUAACGAAUAGAACCUCAUUGUAAAGUGUUUCCAAAAAGUCAAUACAAAAAGUGGCUUUAGGAUCCAAUAUAUUGAUUAUUUCCAUAUGAUUGAACAUAAGACUCUAAUUGGCCGAUCAUUUCGUCAAUCUAUCCGAAAUACUUUUAUUACGAGGCUUGUCUAUGGACGUGUCAAUGUACACCUGCGUCAGACGGACACUUUUGGAGAACUUCGGUUGCGUCGUGUCAUAAAUAUAUUGGAAAGUUUAACGUAGUUUAAUACUUUAAAACACAUCUUGAGAUCCCCGUGUACCGAUUUGCCCUCAAUCAAGCUGCGUUUAAAUGCAAGAACGCGUCCUCGUCUUGUGCGGUCGGUGAGUGCGGUUUGUUCUCUGUAAAAGCUGCAUGUUGCCUAUACAGCUGGAGUUUCUCUUACUGCCCCCUGGAGAAAACAUGUGGUACUACAAGCUUGAAUAACAGUCCAGGGACGAUUGUGUUCAUUUUUUAUAUAUAAUUAAUAACACAGAAUUAAUGCAUUGCCCUGCUUAUAAUGCAUUAUUUAUGCAUUACUUUUCAUUUCGAAAGCGCUCUCCAUUAUUGCAUACAAUGUUUUCGUUUGAGAAUGCGUUCAUUUCAGCACGUUUACGCCUCUCGUCCAGACCAAGAGGCCCUUUAACUCCCAAGCGUUUCAAGAAUGCUCCAAAACUGCCCAGUUUGCAACAUGAUGAUGAUGACGCUAGAAAACUGACAACGGAUUAGUGUGGAUGUGGCCUUAAGAGUUUUAGGAUAAUUUGAGGGUGCUACAUUUUUUAACAAUAGUAAAUGAUCUCAUUUGUCAGCUGAAGAAGUCACAUGCGCCGUGGCAAUCUUUUACGCUCCGUUGCGAAUUAGCACCUGCCUGCAAUCUGUUCUCCUGAGCUCCUGCGUGGAAGUUCGGCGAGGUCUGACUUACAUACAUCAUGUUCACAGUGGCACCUUCCUCUUCGACAGCACAAGCCCGCUGUGAUCAUUUGGGGAGGCUUUCGUCUUCACACACGUACACGACACACACACACUUCCUCCCAGAGAGAGCGGCCAUCUGGUCAGCACAACCUGAGUGUGACCAAAACAAGACUAAUUUGGCCACAAAUUCAGCUGUGUGUGUUGUGGGCUCUUACACACUUUAGCGCAGUCAUUUGUGUGGGUGGACAGCACUGCAAGGGCAUCACAUGCUUACUAAAGGAAGUGCACAAACAUGGACUGAGAAGAAGAUCCAUAUACUGCUUGUGUAGCUCAGUUAAUGUUUGUUGAAAUGCCCCAUGAAUUUUAAGGAUUAACGAUGUUUCUUGGUCUAAAUAAACCUUGUUUCUCAACAGAUAUACAGUAGAUAUGUAUUUAAUUUACAGAGCAUUUAUACGU